AUCCGGUGGCCAACAGAUCGCGUACACAGAGGGAGUGUCCGGCAGCUUGGAACGGAACCCGCUUGGCAGCUGACAGCGACCCGCAGAGCCGCCAGCAUCCGGUAGACGCGGAGAGCCAGGGACCCGCACAGCAACGCGGCCCCACAGUAUAGACACAUGAGUAAAAGACGAAAAUUUCUUCUUGCCUCCGUACUUGCUCUCCAGAAUUCAAGCUUUAUAUAUCCAUCGUGUCAGAAGUGCUUUUCUCGGGUCGUCUUUGUCUCUGAAAGGUCUACUUGUCCUAAAUGUGGCUCUACUGGUGAAGCUGAAAAGGCCAGUUACAGAUACAGACUUUCCUUAAAAGUUGCAGAAUCAAGUAAAUUACUUAUCAUUACUGUAUUUGGAAGCUGCUUAGAUAUAUUUUUUGGGCUUACUGCCACUGAUUUGCACAGGUACCUUCAGGAUUCUACUAAAAUUCCAGAAACCCUGGACAGUGGUACAACUCAGAGCCUAUUGACUGAGGCAGUUGAAAAUUGUUUUGUUGGACAAAGCUUUGUUUUUGGUGUGACGAAUUUUGGAAAUAUAUGUGGACAUGAUUCAGAUUCCAAUAACUUCCUGCAGCAGUGCUGUGGGCACAGAGGAGAAGUCAGAGCACUUGUAGCUUCCCAGAUUAUCCUGCCUGACCCACGUAUUGCAGGCUUCACUGUCAUUGACUACUUUCAUCAGCUUCUGCACACUGCCAUUGUCAGGAAACAUCACUGUAGCUCACAAGAGCUUAGCGGCCACUCACUCACUUUAGACUUCUCAAACAAUGAUCUUAGCAGCAUACAUGGCUCUGGAAACAGUUCCUAUUUUCUGGAGUCUCAUGGCAGAGAUAAAUUUUUAAGAUUCUGGCAGCCAUCACUUGAACUGACUUCCACUGAUUCACAGCUAGGAGACAAUAAUGAAUUUUCAGCUUCAGAACAAAGCAUGGCCAGUGAUACUCCUCACCAAAACAGACAGUGCAUCUCUUUUGCAGAGGGUACUGGUCCUAAGAGCUGCCAUGAUCCCAUUCAGGGUUCAUGGAGCCUUGUUUCACAUAUGGACAAAGAGAAUACAGCAGAAAAGUUGGAUGAAGAAUUUGUCUUACAGGCUAAUCAUCUUAGUGUAGUUUGCAGUAGUCAUCAUGAAACUAGACUUUCUAACUCUAGUUUACUCCCUUUGCAAAUGCAAGAACCCUUUGAGGAAGACAAUACAGAAUCCUGCAGUACAGCAGAAAUUAAAAAUAGCUAUUCCCAGUGUGAGCUCCCAUGUUACCAGCAUCAUGAUGUAGAUACCACCACCAUCCUUCAAGAGAGAGCUACAUGUUCACCUUUGUCACGCAGACCUGAAGAGACAGCUAGAGUUUCCCAGGACUGUGAUUCCUUGAUUUGGGAUGAUCUGCCACUCUCUGAAAGCCUGAAUAAGUUUCUGGCAGUUGUUGAAAGUGAGAUUUCUAUAACUAAGACAGAUGUCAAGAAUAGGAAACAUUGUAAUGACAUUGAUAAAUUCCAUACAGACCACAGCAGGUUGUCUGUGACUCCCUGGAGAAUUACGGGAACCUUGACAACACCACCGAUGGCCUUAAAAUCAUCACAAGCAAUGAUCAAAGAAAACUCUAGCAAAGAGAAUUUCUUUUUCAACUGUGAGUCAAAUACAAGUUUUUGGAUUCAAAAAGAGUCUAAACCAGACAACAAAGUAGAGACUGUGUCUACCCGCAGUAGUAAAAGUGGUAUCUCAGAAUAUUUUUUACCAAACACUUACCUGUCAACUCUGUUUAUAUCUUCAGAAGAUAUGGAAACAUCAUUUAAGAAGACUAUGAACAUCGUACCACAUAAGAAUGAAAUUUCAUUCAGGGCCAGUAGCUCAGCAAGUGACUAUUCUUACCUCAGUAACAAAUAUUUGCAUGGACAUAGAGGAAAAUCACUUUCACAAAUGAAAGAAAAGUCGACAACUUUGCCUUCCAAGAAGUACAAUGAUGUUUCAGAUCUUUGGAAAUUAGAAAAUAAGCCAAAGACCCAAGAUGACAGUUUCACAAUUUGCAGAAAACUUACAUAUCCUUUAGAAACUCUUUGCAGUAGUCCAAGGAGAAGUACAAAUACAUUGAAAGAUAUAACUUACAGAUGUAGCAAUAAUAAUUUAACACAAAAUUAUUCUGCUGGUCAUGAAGGUAGCUUCGAUGUUUCUGCUGAUCUUUUUGAUGAUAUUGAUAAAGAUGAAGACAUUGGAACAGAAAUUACCAAAAAAUCCCAGGAUAUUUUGUUACCAUGGGAAUCAUCUUGGGCAGAAAAGCAUCCUAUAACUGAAAACUGUAGCCAACCUUCACAGAAAUUACUCUUGCAAAGCACAUCAACUUCAGAGUAUCCAAGAAUAAGUUCUCAGCCAGAUUCAGAAUGUGACCUUGAAGAAAGCCAAGGCUUUGUUCCAUGUUCACAGUCAACUCCAAUCGCAGGCUUCCACCGAAGAACAACUCAGGAGCUAAGUGGAGCUUUGAAAAAACUGCCUUCUUUUUCUUCAAAUCUUGAUGCUAACUAUAAAAAACCAAAACUUUCUCCUGAAAGUAGCAAACAAGUUACCCCAACCUGCACAAAUGUAAAAACACCCAGCCAGAAAUCCAGAAUUCCUUUUAUACCUAGUAUUACACAACCAGAGAUUUCCAACCACUGUCCAGCUGCUGAGUGUCUUGAAAGUGAUAUGAAUGAAUGGGUCCCUCCUACCACCCAAAAAGUUUUUUUUUCAGAUAUGCUUGGAUUCAGAGUCAUGUGUUUAAGUGUUCAUCAUUCUCCUGACCAAAAAGAGUUACCAAGAAAGAGACUGAUACAAGUCAGACAUAAAGCUGACACGCUUAAGUAAUUAAGGGUUGUGUUUACAGCCACAGCAAAAACAAAAAAUUCCUAAAACGUAAGUGUAAACAAUUAGGCUGAAGAUAGAAAGGGCCGUUUUUGGACUUGACUCUUUCAGAAGUCUAAUGUUGCCUUCUGUUUUCAGAAUACUGCCACCCUCAGUAUCAGAAACUAAAAGUGUUUGUUUGUAAAUUAAGUCAUAUGAACCAAUUCCUGAAAAUUUAAAUAAAGGUAAAUCUAUUUGGAAAUUUUUGUCUCCAGUGACACAGAAAACUUAUAUUUUCAACACUUCCAGAAAAAUAAUAACUACAGAAAGGAUUGUAUUGGGUAUUCUUGGAUCUUUUAAAAUGUAAAACCACUGUUUUCCCCAAGGUUUUCUCCAGAAUACAAUGAGUUGGAUAACUAGCAUUUUAUCUUAUGUUGACUAUAGUAAUAUGUUAAUUUGUGUUCUUACAAGUAUUUGUAAAAUCACAUGUCUGUCCAGAAAUAAAGCCUUUAUAAACCAAAA